GGGCCGGGCUGGGCGCACCCGCCGGUCUCCGGCUGCCGCCGCCCCUGCCGCUCCCCCACCCCUGCCCCAGCCCUGCCUCCGUCUGUCCGCCCGUCCGUGGGUCCGUCCGGACACAGGGAAAGAGCCACCUGCCCAGCUGCACCUCCACCUUCCCAACACCGCCAGAUGUGCCUCCACGUUGUGCUGCGCAGGGAACUGACUCCGGGGAUCCUUCCCUGCCACCUCCACUGCUGACCCCCAGCCCCACGGGAUCCCUGGCCUGUCCCUGCGGCUCCUCCAACGGCCCAGGCCGUGGACUGCUGGGUUCCCCACCCCAGCACUCAGCAUGCCCUUUUCUGGUGCAGCCAGACCCUCCCAGGAAUCACUCUGGAGCUCAAGGCCAUCCUGCAGGGUAAGGUGAUACGGCCGUGGUGCUGUCUCUGUGCCAGGGCUGCCCUCCCAGCUAUUGCACGUCUCCCGUCCCCCGGUAGGAAAUGGAGUCCAAGGUCUCUGAAGGCGGCCUGAACGUCACCCUCACCAUCCGACUGCUGAUGCACGGCAAGGAAGUCGGAAGCAUCAUUGGGAAGAAAGGAGAGACCGUGAAGAAGAUGCGUGAGGAGAGUGGGGCAAGGAUCAACAUCUCGGAGGGAAACUGUCCUGAGCGGAUUGUGACCAUCACUGGCCCCACUGAUGCCAUAUUCAAGGCUUUUGCCAUGAUCGCCUACAAAUUCGAGGAGGACAUAACCAACUCCAUGAGCAACAGCACUGCUACCAGCAAACCUCCAGUGACACUGAGACUGGUCGUGCCAGCGAGUCAGUGUGGCUCGCUGAUCGGCAAGGGAGGCUCCAAGAUCAAGGAGAUCAGAGAGUCAACAGGUGCUCAGGUUCAAGUGGCGGGGGACAUGCUGCCCAACUCCACGGAGCGGGCGGUGACAAUCUCGGGGACACCCGACGCAAUUAUCCAGUGUGUCAAACAGAUCUGUGUGGUGAUGCUGGAGUCCCCACCAAAAGGUGCCACCAUUCCCUACCGCCCAAAGCCCGCCUCCACCCCUGUCAUUUUUGCAGGUGGUCAGGUAAGAGCCGACCCGCUUGCAGCCUCCACUGCCAACCUCAGCCUUUUACUGCAGCACCAGCCGCUGCCCGCCUAUACAAUUCAGGGACAAUACGCUAUUCCACACCCGGAUCAGUUGACCAAGCUCCACCAGUUGGCUAUGCAGCAAACCCCCUUUACUCCCCUUGGACAGACCACCCCCGCUUUCCCUGGAGAAAAGCUGCCCUUACAUUCCUCCGAAGAAGCUCAAAAUCUGAUGGGCCAGUCAUCAGGUUUGGAUGCCAGUCCCCCGGCCAGUACUCAUGAACUCACCAUUCCCAAUGAUCUAAUAGGCUGCAUAAUCGGACGCCAAGGGACCAAAAUCAAUGAAAUUCGGCAGAUGUCGGGAGCGCAGAUUAAAAUCGCCAACGCCACGGAAGGGUCAUCGGAGCGCCAAAUUACCAUCACAGGAACCCCUGCAAACAUCAGCCUUGCGCAGUACCUCAUCAACGCCAGGCUGACGUCUGAGGUCACUGGAAUGGGCGCACUCUAAUUUCCACCCACCAUCCUCCACUCCGCACCACCUGACCCUCUCCAGCCACCGGCACUCCACCCAGCCUGUACUGCCUGUACAUUUACCGUCUUCCCUUUGCCUCCACAGAUACUCUUUUCUUUACUAACGAAUAUAUAUAUAUAUAUAUAUAAACACACACGCGCAUAUGCACACACCGGAACGGUUCUUUACAAGCUCCUUGCUGUGCUCCCAAGGCUGCUCCCAAACACUUUGGUUAUGGUCCUUAUUUUCAGCGUACGGUGUUAAUACUUCAUCUGCUUUUUGGGGAUGGGGGGGGGGUGUUUUUUUUCUCGCUGGUGAGACUUCAGGAGAUGACAAGGUCUCUAGUGUCAGUCUAGUGUAGCUACUUACACGUUUGAGUUGACAUUGGCAGUACUUUCUGUAGCCUAUGGACAUAUGUGAUGCCAACCAGAGCUGUGCGUGCUUCAGACGAGUUACUUUUCUCACCCUUCUUCCUUUGGUGCUCCCUCUUGCUUGUCCUGGCUCACCUUUGCCACCUCACAUCCCUGCCCUCAGGGUACGGGCGUAGUUUUCACCCUGUGUCGUUUGGGAAGCGGAACGCGCGGGAGCCGAGCUGACGCGCGUGCACAGGUUCACCCGCAGGCUUCUCUCUUUGAACAUGGCAUGGUCCAGACAAGCCCUUUUUCAUACCAAAUUAAGGGAAUCACACACACACACACACGCGCGUAUACACAAAUGCUCCUUUUUUUUUAACUAACGAGCAACUGGAAGUGGGAAGAACUCAGCUGUAUGGGAUUCACACCCCCAGGGGCCUUUGAAAGCACUCUUUUGGCAAUCCCCAUGGGCAAAACCUUUGGACGAUAGCUCAGGAAGCUCUGUGAGCUGGCUGUGUUUGUCGUUGUUUGUGUUCAAUAAAUGUCUGUGCAGCUCUGGUA